UCAGCAGUAAGGCUCUCAGGGAUGGCUUUGUGAGGCUGGGAGGACCACAGCUUGGGGAGGCCCCAAAGAGGCUAAGCUUGGGUUCAGAGCUACCAGUCCAGCCUGUAGCUCAAAAUGCUUCCUGCUUGGCUUUCCGUCUGCUGGCGCGAGGCCCCCAAGGAGGCUGUGGGGCAAAUAUCCCUGUAGAGGAAACCGAGAAGCUUCUAGGCGUCUGAUCCAAACAGAAGCCCACAGGGGACAGUGGUGCGAGACAGGCAAAGCAACUCAAACGUGAAGAAAUGAAAUCCCCAAGGAGAAUCACUUUGUGCUUCAUGAUUUUUGUGAUUUAUUCUUCUAGAGCUACACUAAACUUGAAUUUGGAGUCUCUUCAUCCUUUCAUUCUCCAUGAACAUGAAGCACUCAGUGAAGAGUCACUAAGGCAAAAACGGGCAGUUGCCACAAGUAGUCCUGCAGCUGAAGAGUUCACUGUUGAUAUUGAGAUCAGUUUUGAAAAUGCAUCAUUCCUGGAGCCUGUCAAGGCCUACUUAAACAACCUCACUUUUCCAAUUCAAGGAAACAACACGGACCGAGUUACUGAUAUUUUGAGCAUAGCGGUGACAACAGUCUGCAAACCUGCUGGCAAUGAAAUCCAGUGCUCCUGUGAGACAGGCUAUAGGUGGCCUCGGGAAAGGUGCCUCCAUAACCUCACUUGUCAAGAGAAUGACAGAUCUCUCCCAGGGCACCACUGCAAUUGUCUUAAAGAAUUGCCUCCCAAGGGACCUUUUUGUCAGCUCCAGGGAGCAGAUGUUAUUCUGAGAAUGUCAGUCAGACUAAAUGUGGGCUUUCAAGAAGACCUCAGGAACACUUCCUCCGCCCUCUACAGGUCCUACAAGACCGACUUGGAAACAGCAUUCUGGAAGGGUUACAGCAUUUUACCAGGCUUUAAAUGGGUGACUGUGACAGGGUUCAGGCCGGGAAGUGUGGUCGUGACGUAUGAAGUGAAAACUACAACACCAUCAUCGGGAUUAAUGCGUAAAGCCAAUGAACAGGUUAUGCAGAACCUCAAUCAGACCUACAAAAUGGACUACAAUUCUUUUCAAGCAGUUGCUAGUAAUGAAACUAAGUUCUCUGUCAUACCAGAAAUCAUCUUUGAAGGGGAUACGGUAAGUCUGGUGUGUGAAAACGAAGUCAUGUUCACCAACGUGUCUUGGCACCACGUAGAAAGGCAUUCCGACAUCCAGAACGGCAGCAGAUUCUUUAUAUACACCUCCAUGCUCAACAACAUGACCUCAGUGUCACACCUCACUAUCUACAACAUCACCCAGGCUGAUGCAGGGGAAUAUGUUUGUAAAUUGAUACUAGAUAUUUUUGAGUACGAGUCCAGAAAAAAAAUAGAUGUUACCCCCAUCCGAAUUUUGGCAAAUGAAGAAAUGAAAGUGAUGUGCGACAACAGUCCUGCAUCUUUGAACUGCUGCAGUGAGGACAAUGGGAACUGGAGCAAAAUAGAGUGGAAACAGGAGGGCAAAAUAAGCAUUCCAGGAAACCCUGAAACAGACCUGGAUUCUGGCUGCAGUAAAUACACCCUUAAGGCUGAUGGAACCCAAUGUCCAAGUGGGUCAUCUGGAACAACAGUUGUCUACACUUGCGAGUUCAUCAGCACUCACGGAGCCAGAGGCAGUAAGGACAUAGAAGUGACAUUUACCUCUGUGGCCAACCUAACAAUAACCUCGGACCCAAUUUCUGUUUCUGAGGGACAAAACUUUUCUAUAAAAUGCAUGAGUGAUGUGAGUAACUAUGAUGAGGUAUACUGGAACACUUCUGCUGGAAUUAAAAUACAUAAAAAGUUUUAUACCACGAGGAAGUAUCCUGAUGGAGCUGAGUCAAUACUGACAGUCAAGACCUCUACCAGGGAGUGGAACGGAACCUAUUACUGCAUAUUUAGAUAUAAGGAUUCAUACAGUGUCGUGACCAAGGAUGUCACCGUUUACCCGCUGCCUCUAGAGUCCGACAUCAUGGUCGACCCUCUGGAAGCUAGCACUUCAUGCAGAGGUUCCCACCUGUUCAAGUGCUGCAUAGAGGAAGACGGAAACUACAAAGUAACUUUCCAGGUCGAUUCCUUGUCCUUUCCUGCUGCAAAAGAAAUUCAUGGAAAACAAGUAUGCUACAAGUUCAAUUUCAUGGCAAACUUCAUUUCCCUUUGUCAAAAAACUGUUGAUGUGUUUUGUCGCUUUACCAAUGCUGCUAAUAAUUCAGUUCGGAGUCCAUCUAUGAAGCUUGACCUAGUUCUUGGAGAGAAUAUCACAUGCCAUGAUCCCAUAAUAGGUGUUGGGGAGUCUGGGAAAGUCACCAAAAGACUAUGCCAGUUCUCAAAUAUCCCCAGCAGCCCUGGAAGUCCCAUUGGUGGAAUCAUCACUUACAAAUGUGUGGGCUCCCGGUGGAUGGUGAACAGAAAUGACUGCAUCUCUGCCCCAAUAAACAGUCUGCUCCGGAUGGCCAAGGCUUUGAUCCAGAGUCCUUGUCAGGAUGAGAAGCUUCCUACAUACCUGAAGAACCUUUCUGUUAGCACAGGCAAGGUGGCUAAUGAAAUCAGCUCUUCUCCUGGGAGUCUGGGAGCCAUUAUUAACAUCCUUGACUUGCUCUCAUCAGUUCCAACUGAAGUGAAUUCAGAAAUGAUGAUGCACAUGCUCUCUACCAUUAAUAUCAUCCUUGGCAAGCCCAUCUUGAACACCUGGAAGGUUUUACAACAACAACAGACCAACCAGAGCUCACAGCUUCUACAUGCAGUGGAAAGAUUCUCUCAAGCGUUGAAGUCAGGAGAUAGCACCCCUUUGUCCAUCUCCCAAAAGAAUGUACAGAUGAGGAGCAUGGCAAUAAAGUCUGGUCACCCAAAAAGCUACCUACAGAGCUUUGUUUUCUCAGACUCUGACCUCUGGGGCAAUGUGGUUAUUGAUGAGUGCCAGCUGGAAAACUUGCAGCCAGAUUCAUCUAUUGUCACCGUGGCUUUUCCAACUCUCAAAGCCAUCCUUGGUGAGGAUGUUCAAAAAAAGAGUUUGACAAACAGCUUAGUGAUGACAACCACUGUCAGUCACAGUCUAACCAUGCCAUUCAGGAUUUCAAUGACUUUCAAGAAUAACAACCCUUCAGGUGGGAGACUACAGUGUGUCUUUUGGAACUUCAGCCUCGCCAACCACACAGGGGGGUGGGACAGCAGUGGCUGCUAUGUUAAAGAUGUCGAUGGGGACAGUGUCUCUUGUGUUUGUGACCACCUAACAUCAUUCUCCAUCCUCAUGUCCCCUGACUCCCCAGACCCUAGUUCUCUUCUGGAAAAACUACUGGAUAUUAUCUCUUACAUUGGGUUGGGCUUUUCCAUCUUGAGUUUAGCAGCCUGUCUAGUUGUGGAAACUGUGGUGUGGAAAUCAGUGACCAAGAACCGGACUUCCUAUAUGCGCCACAUCUGCAUAGUGAAUAUUGCUGCCUCCCUUCUUGUGGCUGACAUCUGGUUCAUUGUGAUUGCAGCCAUCCAAGACUUUCGUUACCCACUCAACAAAACAGCCUGUGUGGCUGCCACCUUCUUCAUCCACUUCUUCUAUCUCAGCGUCUUCUUCUGGAUGCUAACACUGGGCCUCAUGCUUUUCUAUCGACUGGUUUUUAUUCUGCAUGAUACAAGCAAGUCUAUUCAGAAAGCCAUUGCCUUUUCUCUUGGCUAUGGCUGCCCUCUUGCCAUCUCAGUCAUCACAGUGGGGGCUACCCAACCACAGGAAGUCUACACAAGGAAGAAUGCUUGUUGGCUCAACUGGGAGGACACGAAAGCCCUGCUGGCCUUUGUCAUUCCAGCACUGAUUAUCGUGAUGGUGAAUAUGACCAUCACAGUGGUGGUUAUCACCAAGAUUUUGAGGCCUUCUAUUGGAGACAAGCCAAGCAAGCAGGAGAAAAACAGCCUGUUUCAGAUCUGCAAGAGCAUUGGGGUCCUCACACCACUCUUGGGGCUUACCUGGGGUUUUGGUCUUGCCACUGUAUUCCAGAAGAGCAAUGCUGUGUUCCACAUCAUAUUUACCCUCCUUAAUGCCUUCCAGGGGUUAUUCAUUUUACUUUUUGGAUGCCUCUGGGACCAGAAGGUACAAGAAGCUUUGUUGAAAAAGUUUUCAUUGUCAAGAUGGUCUUCACAGCAUUCAAAGUCAACGUCCCUAGGUUCAUCCACACCUGUGUUUUCUAUGAGUUCUCCAAUAUCAAGAAGAUUUAACAAUUUGUUUGGUAAAACAGGAACAUAUAAUGUUUCCACCCCAGAAACAACCAGCUCAUCUGUGGAAAACUCAUCCAGUGCUUAUUCAUUGCUCAACUAAGAAUGGGAAAAUCCAACCCACGUGACCUCUUGGGAACAGUGGAUAUGCUCUGAAAAAGAGAUCCUUUCAAAGCUAUGGGUAAAAAUGUUGUCUUGGUUGGAUUUUUGGAGCAGAUGUUGAAAAGACUUUUGCAUUAGAGAAGAGGCUUUCCUUUGUAAAGACAGAGCAAAAGUAAUCAUUAUGUUUAUCUUUGCUCCUAACUCCCAUCCCUUGUGUGAAAUCUAAUGUGUAUAGUAUUUAAGUAAAACUCAAGUCCCCCAAAGCCCAACUUUCUGUCUAUAUUGUAAAAUAGAAUUUUAAAGGAACACUUUCACUUUUCCUACAUUGGACACAAAGAUAAGCUUUGAUUAGAAGAGCAAGUAAAAGACCUAGGAAGUACUUUGUAAAUUCUAGGAGGGAAAGGGAGGAGGGAGGGGGUAGAGGAAGGAAGGAAAGAAGGAGAGAAAGAAGAAGAAUUAAUAAAGAGAAACAUUAAGGACCACAUUUUAAGUUUUCCAUGUUAAUGAUAUAAUCAGUCAGAUAUUGCAAGCUUGAGCAUUAAAACUGAUUCAAAAAAUGGAAACUGAAAGUAAGCCAUGGGGAAUGAGUUCAGCAUCUUCCUGAUAUUUUCUUAGUUAAGAAAGAAAAAAGAGACAGUGAAAAAUAUAGGGAAGAAAUUACGUUAUCAGGAUGCUUUCAAAUGGAUAAUAAUAUUUGCAAGAAUAUUGCGAAAACAAACAUGGUUUUCCUGACGCUAAACACAUGCACAUAAAUCCCUGAAUGUCAAGGUUUGAACUCAGUGGUGUAAGCAUGCAGAAGAAAUAUGAUAGCAAUUCUUUAUCAGAUACAAGCAGCUCCAACUGCUGAUUCAUGUUUUAUACUUUAUUAGAAAAGUCUUACAUUUUAAUUUGUUCCACAUUUUGAAAGCAAAAAUAAAAUAAAAUAAAAUAAAGUUGUUUAUACCCAUUAAUUGCCAAAUUUGGUGUAUUGCACUGAAUGGAGCCCCUAGCUAUCUUAUAAGUAACAGUUUUAACCAGGUACUUCUCUGUGCAUUUUAGAGUAGAUUUCAUAAUCUUAUAGCAUUGUAUAUUACUAUUGUUGUUACUGUGGAUAUAAU